UGCUAGUGAGGGUUUUGUUUCAGUGUACAUGUGUGUGCCGGUAGUAACCACGGUUGUGGAAUCCGUUUGGGAGUUAGCCGAAGCUAACAGUGGCCUUCCUUGGUAAUACAUUGAAACAAUUACUCCUGGUUAGCCGUCGUGACGGCUUUAUGGAUAGGCUUGAUUAUCUAGACCAGUGUUGGUUGAGUAUCGAGACGACUGUGGAUGCCGUGUUGUGUAUCGUCGCUUCAUUCAAGCCAAGUCUGUUUAAACGUGUAUACCAGACGAGCGGAGCUGUACGCGUCUGAGGUCGUUCAUGUCAGAGGAAGCGACUUGUGUGAACAUAUAGACAAGCGGAGCUGUACGCGUCUACCUUUGGGAUUAUUCAGUGUGGGAAGCGUGUCUGGCCGUUUAUUUGCAAGUAUACUCAUGAGAACCUUUUUUAUUUAUUAUGCCAUGGCUUUAUUUUGUUAAAUCCAUUCAUAGAUUAUUGGUAGAUGAGUUGCGCCUCUUCUACAGUGCGAAUGGUACCCACGUUGUGUGGGUUAAGUGUUUAAUAAUAGAUCUUUGCUUUAUUUUGUUAAAUCCAUUCAUAGAUUAUUGGUAAAUGAGUUGCGCCUCUUCUACAGUGCGAAUGGUACCUACGUUGUGUGGGUUAAGUGUUUAAUAAAUUAUUGUUAUUUUAAAUUGUUUUGUGUAUUGUACUUUGUUCAGUAACUCGCAGGCACAUAAAAGGCAGUUUCCACUAGACUUUCGUGACAUAAAUGGGGGCUCGUCCGGGAAAAUUGACUUUUCAUUGUAUAAAGUAAAAUAAAAAUUUACUAUAAAUAUUUAGAUAUUAUGAUGUGCCGAAAAGAGUUACACAAUUGAGACAAGGUGAUUGUAUUUUGCUCUUAUAUCUUUGUAUGUUAUUUGAUGAGAUUGUGAUAUAGAUUUAAUAGAUUUAUUUUGUUAGUUGAUUACAUAGUGCACAAAAACCAUGGCUACUCCGGUAGAUAUUGACAAAUUGACUGAAGCUGGGAAAGAGUUAGGUUAUGUUGGAAAGCCCUUGCAAGAUUAUGUGAGAGAAUUGAGAGAAAGUAUUUUAGAGAGACAAGAGAAGGAGAGGUUAGAAAGAGCUGCAGAAAGAGAAUUAAAGAUAGAGGCUGCUGUGCAAAUGGAAAGGCUGGAACAGGUUAAGGUUGAGAAAGAAAAGCAGGAGAUAGAAAAAUUGAAAUUAAAAAUGGAGUUGUUGAAGGCUGAAAGAGAAGGUGGUUUUAAUAGUAGUGGAGAGAGUGGCGCGUUUGCUAAUGUAGGUGACAAUGUUCCUCAGUUGAAGUGUAGUAUGAAGAAUCUUAAGAUACCUACCUUUGAUGAGGUUAAGGAUAAGAUGGAUGUAUACUUGAUGAGGUAUGAGAGGUAUGCAAUUGCAAUGAACUGGCCGAGGGAAUAUUGGGCCAUUCAGCUUGCUCCUUUGUUAUCCGGUAGGGCUUUGCUUGUGUAUACUACCAUUGAGAUUGAGUUUGCACACAAUUAUGAGAUACUGAAACGUGAAUUGUUGAGAGUUUAUAGACUAACAGAAGCCGGUUAUAGAGAAAAGUUUAAAUUUUCGGCUCCUGAAGAAUUUGAGUCUGCUGCCCAAUACUUGUCCCGCAUUGGUAGUUAUUUAGAUCGUUGGAUUUGUUGUGCAGGUGUUAAACAGACCUAUAAUGACCUUAGGGAAUUUGUUAUUAAAGAUCAGUUUUUGUCCAAGGUUCCCGAAUCAUUAGCAGUACAUCUUAGAGAAAAGGUAGAUUGUGAUGACUUUGCAAAGGUUGCCGAUGUAUACAUAGAUGCUCAUGGGGGUUGGGGAAAGCUAGAUAAUUUAACCAGUAAAAUCAAUGCUCAGCAAAGGAAAGAAACUAAUCCUAAAUUCAAAAGGCAAUCGUGCCAACAAAACCGUGGAAGUUACAAAGGUAACAAUUAUAGUAAUUUAAAAAUUCAUAAUAAUACCCAUAAUGGAAGAGAUAAAAGUAACAUAGGUAGAUCGCCCUCUAAUAGAAAAUGUCAUUAUUGCCAUGAGGAGGGUCACUUUUGGCGUCAAUGUUCUAAGGCUCCUAAAGAUUUUGCACCUAUGCUAGCAAUGGUGGUUGAAGUAAUGAGGGAGGAAAGGGCUCCAGAUAUGAUGCCAAUCCAAAGUACAGUUUGCGAUAAGCUUGAUAGAAAUUUGCCCGUGUAUGAUGGUUUCAUUGGGAAUAAACAGGUCCGGUUGUUACGAGACACAUGGUGUAAUGGUAUCGUUGUUAAAAGUUAGUUGAACCUAUGUCCAUGACCGGUCAAACAAAGUCCUGUGUUCUUAUUGAUGGGUCUGUUCGGAAAUUUCCUGUUGCCCUUGUGCACAUUGAUACGCCUUUUCUAGUGGGAGAAGUUCAUGCAAUUUUCAUGGAAAGACCAUUGUAUGACUUGAUUGUAGGUAACGUAGAAUCUGUUAAAAUCCCGGUCAUCCCAAAUCCUCAUUGGCGAAAAACGAAUGUCCAU